AACUAACCCAAACCCUACCCCAUUUGUUUUCAGCUCUCUCUGUAUCUCUCUCUGUCUACGUUUCCUUACUCAUCGUCGCAUCUAAGCUCGCUUACGACGAAGCCUAGCUCGGCACUCCAACAACCAGGUUUUUCUCAUCAUAUAGAAAACAACACAAUGAAUCUUGCAGCAUCAAUAUGCAGUAGAUUGGGUGUCAAGCACCUGGUUUCGAAUACUCCUGUGUACAGCAGAGCUUCUGAUGUCACGGCAGAAGGAUUGAGUUUGACAUUUAGGCGCUGGGCUACUAAAAAAUCUGCUGGAUCCACAAAGAAUGGCCGAGACUCAAAUCCUAAGUUUCUUGGAGUGAAGAAAUUUGGUGGAGAGAGAGUGAUACCUGGAAACAUCAUUGUUCGCCAGAGGGGCACCCGAUUUCAUCCUGGAAAUUAUGUUGGCUUAGGGAAGGAUCACACCCUUUUUGCUCUGAAAGAAGGCUGUGUAAAAUUCGAACACCACAAGCUCAGUGGACGCAAGUGGGUGCAUGUCGUGCCCAAGGAAGGUCACAUGCUUCACCCUGUCUAUGCAGAUGUUGCAACCACUUAGUUGUAGACAAUGUCAUACGUCCUUGUAAGUUUGUUUUAGAUCUUUUUAAGUUCAAACCUUUUCCCAGGUUGGUGAUUACAAUAACAAAAGCUUUGUUAUGCCAAAAGUCAACAGGUUUCUGUAAAUCAGAAACUCCGGAUCUUAGGCAAAGGAAUGUUCAUCUCACUUUUACCUGGAUUAUGGCUUUAUAGCACUAAGGUCCUUCUGUUUCUA